GUCCUAAAGGCCCGCAGGGAGAAGAGGGCAAAAAGGGUGACGUCGGAUUCCCUGGACUUCCAGGAAGAGUAGGAGUGCCAGGUCCUAUGGGACCUCCCGGUCCAUCGGGCCCUCAGGGGGCGCCCGGAAUACACGGUUUGAAAGGCUCAAUGGGAGAUCUCGGUAGACCGGGAAACCCGGGACCGCCCGGAUCUCAUGGACCACAAGGAAUACCCGGCCCUAAAGGACAGGCGGGAGAAGCGGUAAUAAAGGAUCUAUUGGACAACCGGGACCUCAAGGUAUUCCAGGACCUGUUGGCGAAAGAGGGACCUCAGGGACAGCGCGGGUCUCAGGGCGAGAGAGGAAACGAUGGAAAGGCCGGUAAAGACGGAGAACAGGGACCGCAAGGAAAUCCCGGUCCGGCGGGUCCGAUGGGACCAAUCGGUGAACAGGGAUUACAGGGAAAUUCUGGUAAAGAAGGACCACCAGGACCUGCGGGCAGACCCGGAGAUAAGGGCCCAAUCGGAAGCCCUGGUGCUCCCGGACCACAGGGCACACCAGGACUGCCCGGUCCUAUCGGCCCAACCGGAGCGGGAGGUCCUCCGGGUGAGAGAGGAUCCGCGGGUGAAUCGGGACCGCGCGGUGUUCCCGGACCUCAGGGGUCGAGAGGACUGCCGGGAACUCCCGGUAAUCCCGGACUCAAAGGAGACACUGGAUAUCAAGGUUUGGCUCAAACAGUGAAAAGGGAGAUAAAGGACAUCGAGGGCUCAUUGGGAUUGCCGGGACAGGCGGGUCCGGCUGGAGACAAAGGUCCGAUCGGUUCAACGGGUCCGUCAGGAUCUCCGGGCGCUCCCGGAGCUAAGGGUCCGCCGGGAAGAGAUGGAGCGCAGGGCUCGCCGGGAGUGUCGGGUCCGAUGGGGCCGAGGGGUGAACGAGGAAACGACGGCAAACCGGGUAACCCUUUGGCAACUCUUUCAUGCCAACCGGGAGAGAGAGGACCGGCAGGACCUGCAGGAUCUCCGGGCGAACCGUUCGCUUACGAUGCGGCGGCUUUGGCGGCCAUUUUGAACCAAUCGGGCGGACAAACUAAAGGACCGGACCCUAUGCUCGGCGAUCAACCGAAUCGUCUCUUUUCAACCGAUGUAUCGCUUGAGGAGAAAAAGAAAAUAGUUUUCGAGUUUUACGACCAACUCGUCAAAGAGUACGAGAAACUGAGGCGACCCACAGGUGAGAGGGACUCACCCGCCAAGACAUGCAAAGACUUGUCUCAAUUGCAUCCACACUUCGAAAGCGGUAAAACAUUGACCACAUUUUGGGGAGUCUAUUAUAUCGAUCCGAACGAAGGAAAUUCAAACGAUGCCAUUCAAGCCUAUUGUGAUAUGUCUACGAAGUCGACGUGUGUUAUGCCGGCGCCCAUCACUGUUCCCGUCAGAGCUUAUAAUAAAGAAUCCAAAUUUGGACACAAUUGGUUCAGUGAAAUGAAAGGAGGAUUUACUUUUGCAUACAAAGCGGAUAGCAUUCAAAUAAACUUUUUGCAACUCUUGAGCCAAAACGCUGUCCAGAAUAUCACAUAUGUUUGCAAAAAUUCGGUCGCUUUUUAUGAUGAAGCGAAACACACGCACAGAAAGGCUGUAAAACUAAUGACUUAUAAUGACAUAGAGCUGACCGCCGAUGGAAAUCAUAUGUUCACCUAUCAGGCCAUUAGAGAUGGCUGUCAGAAACAUAACGACCAAUUGGACAGCACUGUUAUUGAAUAUAAGACGGAUAAACCGCAGAGACUUCCACUUCUCGACAUCGCUGUCAGGGAUAUUGGAGGGAAGGAUCAAGAGUUUGGUCUAGAGUUGGGUCCCGUUUGCUUCAAU